GUUGGGACUACAUAAUUUUGCAAAUUGAAUACCAACUCGAAUUGUCAGAUCCCAAUCAGCUAAAAAUUAUCAAAUCCCAUUAUGAAUAGCUUCGAUCCCACUAGUACUCUGCUUUCCUUUUUUUUUUUUUCACCCCUCCCUAAAAUUAAAAAAGACAUGCGAGGCAAAGGAAGAGCGAGAAGCACAAUGGGAUAUCCUAAGCCUGCCAAUAAUAGGACUUAUUCUAUCCAAUACAAAGUCCUCUCCUCCAAAAACUCUGUUUCCAAAUUGACCAGCCCCCAACAAAGGAAAGUUCUACGCAGGAAUCCAACACAAGGAUCAAGUCCAAAAAAACACCUCACCUUUCCUCCCUCCUAUGUCAAAUAGAAUCAACUACCUCCCUUCAACAGGAGAGGAAAUCCAAAGCCUCUCUUAUAAGAUUCUCCUCAAGAAAUCUUUAUCCUUCAGAAACUUCAAUGGAGAAAUAUCACUACAGAGCGAUUCCUGUGGUCUGUUCCGCCGUAGUUAUCAUGGGCAUGGCUGCUUUUACGUGCUGCCUCACCGCGGAGUUCAAGAAGUCCAAGUCUAGUGACAUGGGAGUCAAUGGCAGUACAUGUUGCAUGCGGAGGAGCCCUGCAUUUGGGCUGGGCAUCUCUGCGCUCGUCCUCCUCUCAAUCGCACAGAUUGCAGGAACUACCGUGGCAGCCACAGGAACUACCGUGGCAGCCACAAGACUGUGUUCGAGGGACCAUAAGCCAAGGAGAACCCGAAUUCUUUCAAUUGUGUUCUUGACUCUAUCUUGGAUUAGCUUUGGAUUGGCUGCAAUCCUGCUGGGCACAGGAUCAAGUAUGAACAAUAAGCAACCUUAUGGACGAGGAUGGAUGAAGGGAGAAUGCUACGUGGUCAAAGAUGGCGUGUUCGCAGGAUCAGCAGUAUUAACUGCUACCACUGUUUUAUUUAUAAUUGGAUUCACUUUCACGACGACGGAGAGAUUAGCGCAUAGACGAACAAGCCCAGAUGAAGAAAGGAAUCAACAGCAGCAGCAGCAGCAGCAGCAACCAAAGUAGCAUCAGUUAUUGUUCUCCAUUAUCGUUGUCCCUCACCACUAGGUGAUAUUCUAACAGCAGAAUAGGAAAAGGAAAGUUUGACAAAUAAAAUAUCUGUCUCUGAGUGGAGGGUCAACAAAGGAUGGCCUUUAUAGGUCUUCUCUUUAUUUAAACCUCCACCACCCCUCCCCUCUGACACACAAUUGUAUUUGUAACCAACCUCAAUCAUGUAAUCCCUGUAAAGACACUGCAUACACUGUUUUAUGCCUUA